AAGGUCCUCCCUGUGGUCAUCCGAUGCUCUAAAUUAACUAAAGUUAAGUUUCGUUUCUACAGUAAGUUUCCAUAUGAAACAAAAGGCUUUUGUGUAGAAUCUUUGUGUCCGUAGUUUGUGUGUGCAUGUAUGGUGCGUGUCUGGAGUAAACGUCUCAACAUGACCUACUUAUCACACGUUACACAUUCACAUGUGAUAAAAGGUUGGAGACAUUUGUGGAGUGGCGCAGAAGCUCAAAAGCAACAAACAUGAAGAAGGUUAUUGUUCUGAUGCUAACGUUCAGCCUUUGUCAUUCUGGUCCAGGGAAUGAUGACGAUAUUUGUCCUAUUGGAGGCUCAGCCAGCUGCUGUAACAUCUGCCCCACAAACAUGGAACAAAGAAUUACUUCUCUUGAAACCAGGCUGGAAAAUGCUGAAAAAGAAGUUCAAGAGUUGCGGAGACUCACUCAAGUUACUCCCUGUCAAGUUUCCAAUCUGUUAUUUUUGAUAUUUUCAGGCAUUCCUCGAGUGGCUUUCUCUGCAGCUCUCCCUGGCUCUGGAAACACAGGACCUUUCACCACUGCUACCCCACUAAGGUACAAAAAGGUUUUCUCCAACACAGGGAACUGCUAUAAUCCAUCAACAGGUAUUUUCACAGCAACUGUCAGUGGAAUGUACUUCUUUCGGUUCUCGAUGUUCAACAACAUGACUCCUGCUCCCAACUCGGUUGUGAGCCUCAUGAAGAACAGCGAACGGCUGACGUCUGUGUGGGACACCGCUGCGACUGAUAUUCACGACAGUGGAAGCAACGCUGUGGUCAUCUCUCUGAAAGUGGGAGACAACGUGUACGUGCAGCUGGAGCCAAACAGGGCCGUCUAUGAUGAUGGGAUGCACUACAACACAUUCAGCGGCUUCCUGCUCUUCCCCAUGUGAUGCAUACCACCCAAUGCAUCCAAAAAUGAUUCUUUACUAUUUCACAGAAAAUGAAUUUUCUUUUAUUUAGAUUGAAAAUUACUAUGAUGUGUAGAAAUAAUUUUUUAGUAGAAAUGUCAUUUUGUAUAAAUGUGUAAAUUUGUAUUUUAUCUACUAGAUAUUGCAUACUCUUCAGUCUAAGCAGCAAAUAACCGUGCUAUUUUGUAGAUAGUUCUUACCUUUAGAAACAAAUUUUAGA